CUGCGCAAGUGCGCCGUGAAACUCCAAAUAAACCCGAGUUAUUAUACUCCAUAACCCUCCAUAACCCGAGUGUAUCCGAUCGCGUACGCGAAUCCCUGCUGGAUAAAGUUAUUUAUAUUUAUACUGUUGUAUCCACGUGUAAAAAAAUAUAUUAACAACGAAAAAAAGUCACUACAAUAUGUCAUUAACCAGCUUGGAUAAGUUUAAUGAGCGUGCAAGUAUUGCGGAAAAAGAGAUCGAGUAUUUAAAAAAAGAAAUCGAACAAUUGAAGCUUGCUCUGCAGUCACGCUCGCGAGUUUCUGAACAGCCGAAUGUCAGUGAGUUGGUCCAGGAGAACGCUAAAUUGAAACACCGGGUCACGAUUAUGAAUCGAUACGUCGAUUCAUUGCGUCAGAAAGAAUCUAGCAGUAAAAAUACAAUGGAUAGCCAAAAAAUGCCGAGUAUAAGUACCCAGCUGGAGGAAUUAUUCCGGGAAGCUAUAAAAAAAUCUUAUUCAGAAGAUCUGCCGGUUGUUAUUUCUGCUUCUGGUAAUCCAAAAUUCGGAGAUUAUCAAUGUAACAGUGCGAUGGAAUUGUCUAAACGCCUUAAAAAAUCAGGAACUACAGAAAAUCCUUUCGAAGUAGCCACUAAAAUAGUCUCCAACAUAAACCCGUCGCCUCUGAUAGACCGACUGGAAGUAGCCAAGUCUGGUUUCAUAAACAUCUACCUCAGCCGAGACUACAGCCGCUCUAUCUUAAAAAACGUAAUAAAAUCCCGUAGAGUCUUUCCCCCGGAGGUAAAAAGCCUUCGAGUAAUCGUGGACUUCUCCAGUCCUAACAUCGCGAAGGAGAUGCACGUGGGUCACCUGAGGUCCACGAUCAUCGGGGAGAGCUUAAGCCGUCUCUUAGAAUACCUAGGCCACGACGUGCUGCGCUUGAACCACGUCGGCGACUGGGGUACCCAAUUCGGGAUGUUAAUUGCCCAUUUACAAGACAAGUUCCCUGAUUACGCGACAGUCUCUCCCCCGAUUUCCGACCUCCAGAGCUUUUAUAAAGAGUCCAAGAAGCGCUUUGACGAAGACGAAGAGUUCAAGAAGCGAGCUUACGCCUGUGUUGUAAAAUUACAAGCAGGAGAUCCGGAAAUUACCAAAGGUUGGCAAUUAAUUUGUGACGUUUCUCGGAAAGAGUUUGAUAAUUUAUACCGAAGGUUGGAUAUUAAAUUAAUCGAACGCGGGGAGUCGUUUUAUAACAAGAUGAUGAUAGAAGUUGUCAAGGAGCUGGAGGAUAAAGGACUGCUUGAAGAGGACGAGGGUCGGAAGAUAAUGUGGGGAGAGAAGCCAAGCACUGGAAUUCCGCUGACGAUAGUUAAAUCCGACGGAGGAUUCACUUAUGAUACUUCAGACAUGGCUUGCAUUAAACACAGGAUCCAUGUUGAAAAAGGCGACUGGCUGAUCUACGUGACCGACGCUGGACAGGCUGGACACUUCCAGCUGAUUGAAAGCUGUGGCAAGAGAGCGGAUUACGUCAAGUCUGAGACUAAAGUUUCCCACGUGGGAUUCGGCGUAGUCUUAGGAGAAGACAAGAAGAAAUUCAAGACCCGCUCUGGAGAUACUGUAAAACUGUUGGACUUGCUGGACGAAGGACUCAAGAGAGCCCUGGACAAGCUCAUUGAAAAAGGAAGGGAUAAAGAGCUGACUGAAGAAGAGCUUAGGGCAGCUCAAGAGGCCGUGGCUUAUGGGUGUAUCAAGUACGCUGACUUGUCUCAUAAUCGGAAUCAUGAGUACAUUUUCUCGUUUGACAAGAUGUUGGAGGAUAGAGGCAAUACUGCGGUCUAUUUGCUGUAUCAGCUUACUAGGAUUAGGUCCAUUGCGAGGAAUGCUAAGGUCUCGGAAGAACAAAUUAAAUUGGCGCUUGAUUCGACGGCGAUAUCGCUGGAGCAUGAGAAAGAGUGGAAGUUAGCCAAGGUCUUGAUUAAGUUCCCAGAUGUUUUGCUUAAGGUUACUAAGGACUUGGUCUUGCACCCUCUUUGCGAGUUUUGCUAUGAAUUGUCUUGUGCGUUCAGUGAGUUUUAUGACAAGUGCUACUGCGUGGAGAAUAUCAAUGGGGAGAUGAAGGUUAAUAUGGGCAGGAUUUUAUUAUGUGAAGCUACUGCGCUGGUUUUAGAGCAGUGCUUCUAUCUUCUAGGACUUAAACCUGUUGCUAAAAUGUAAUUUUUGAAAGAAAGAAAAUUAACGUUAAUGGAUCUUUA